AUGGAUUCCAAGAAUCAGCUCACCGAUACAGGGUCACCGUCCGUGUCUAAUGGACAUACCCGCGUGAACGGCGACCAACAGAUGUCGAUUUCAUCCAUACUCUCCUCUCCCACUCGCGGUGCGGCAGAUGGAACCGUUCCGGCGCAGGUUGCGGCCACUACACCGGCACCAACAUUGGCAUCUAGCACCGACAUGAUCAGAUCGUUUGAACAGCGUGUACGGGCUUUAGUGCAGCUGGAUUCUCUCACAACCAACGAGAUCAACCAGUUUGUGCUUCUGGAUAACGAGCUUAAGCUUUUGGACGCCCAGGACGGUAUCUACGUGGACCCGCAGCUGAUUGACCAAUUCAAGGCCAAAGUGCUGGAGCUCGAUCCAAAGGCUUUUGACAAACUGACACGCCGGAACAAACUCAUGGAGCAGGAGGCCGAGGACCUGAAGAAGCUCAAAAACGACCAAUUGAAGCUCCUUGCUGCUGUGCAGCGCGAAGAGCAGAAGAAAUUGGGAGUCAACGUCCAGCCCGUUAAAAAGGAGUCGUACGGAUCGAGUCCCGCUUUGGUCGGGAUCGCUCCGAAGAAACUGGACGAGGCCGUUACGGAUGACCCGGCCGAGCCUUUGAGUGAUGUUCCAGAAGUCAACGGCGACGGCCGUCGCAAACGGAAGCGCAAGACCAGGAUCGAUCCGGCCAAGCUUGUUGACGAGGAAGUUGACGAAUCCAAGAUUAGAAAACGCAAGAAGAAGGGCGAAGACGACCAUACAAACGGAACUUUGGCCAAGGGCAUAGGAGCAGACGACGGAGACUUCGACGACGACGACUCGGACGUUUCUAAGUCCAAAGGCUCACAGAAAUCUCAAUCCUCGCUUAAAGAACAGAAAGCUAUCGAAAAACAGUACGACAGCGUGUACAUCUCGAUUUGGAAAGAUCUGGCCCGUAAAGAUGGACCAAAGGCUUAUCGGAUGUACUACCAGUCUGUUCAGGCCAAGCAGAUGAACUUGCGCAAGACCUCGAUGCUGGCCGCUAGAGAGUCGCGGAAAUGGGUCGGAAAGGCCACUAGAUCCCAAAAGGACGUUAUGACCAAGGCCAGACGUUCGAUGAGAGAAAUGUUGAACUUUUGGAAGAAACACGAGCGCGAGGAGAGAAACCUGCGUACGAGAGCCGAGCAGGAAGCUACAGCGAAGGCUAAGAAAGAGGAGGAGGAGCGCGAGGCCCGCAGACAAUCGAGGAAACUCAAUUUCCUCAUCAACCAGACCGAGUUGUACUCGCAUUUCAUCGGCAAGAAGAUCAAGACCGACGAGGUGGAAGGGGAUAUGGGCGACAAGUCUCUUGCAAACCAGGCAGAAUCCCAAGGAAGCCUGGACGGAAUCGAUCUUGCGCACGCAAAGCAGGAUCUCAGCGAAAUCGAUUUUGAAGGUGGAAGCGACGAGGUUUUACAGAAAACAGCAGCUGCAAAUGCCCAGUCUGCACUUUUGGCUGCUCAACAGCGUGCCAAGGAGUUCAAUGGCCAAGCACCUGAUCAGGACAACGAGGGAGAAAUGAACUUCCAGAACCCAAGCAGUAUCGGUGACAUGAACCUGACACAGCCAAAGUUGCUGAAUUGUACCUUGAAAGAGUACCAGAUGAAGGGACUCAAUUGGCUGGCCAAUUUAUAUGAACAAGGUAUCAACGGAAUUUUGGCCGACGAGAUGGGACUGGGAAAGACUGUGCAGAGUAUCUCUGUUCUUGCCUACUUGGCAGAAACCCAUAACAUCUGGGGUCCAUUUUUGGUGGUCACUCCGGCCUCCACUCUGCACAACUGGCAACAGGAGAUCACCAAGUUUGUUCCCGACUUCAAGGUGCUACCGUACUGGGGAAGUGCCAAGGACCGAAAAGUUUUGCGUAAGUUCUGGGAUAGAAAAAGCAUUGUUUACAACAAGGAGUCGCCUUUCCACGUCGUCGUGACGUCGUACCAAUUGGUUGUUGCCGACGUGCAGUACUUCCAGAAAAUGAAGUGGCAGUACAUGAUUCUUGACGAGGCUCAGGCUAUCAAGUCGUCCAACACUUCGAGAUGGAAGUCUCUGCUGAGUUUCCAGUGUCGUAACCGGUUGUUAUUGACGGGAACUCCGAUCCAGAACUCGAUGCAAGAGCUCUGGGCUUUACUGCAUUUCAUCAUGCCAUCAUUGUUUGACUCGCACGACGAGUUCAGUGAAUGGUUCUCCAAAGAUAUCGAGGCACAUGCUCAGUCCAACACCCAGCUAAACGAACAACAGCUUCGUCGACUCCAUGUGAUUCUUAAACCGUUCAUGCUUCGUCGUAUCAAGAAGAAUGUCCAAAGCGAGCUUGGCGAUAAGAUUGAGGUGGACGUGUUCUGCGAUCUCACAAACAGACAGAAAAAGCUGUAUCGAAUGCUGAGAUCCCAAAUCAACAUCAUGGAUCUCAUCGACAGCAACAAAAAGAUCAACCACAGCAACGACGACGAGGCCCAAGGAGAUUCUUUGAUGAACGUGGUGAUGCAGUUCAGAAAAGUUUGCAAUCAUCCUGACUUAUUUGAGCGUGCAGAUACUAAGUCUUCGUUCAGUCUGAGUCGAUUUGCCGAAACAACUUCGCUGACCAGUGAAAUCAACGAGAGCUUGUUGGAACUGAAUUACACCACCCGCAACCAAAUAGAGUACCGGUUGCCAAAGUUGGUUCUUGACGAUUUACUGUCUCCUCACGAAGGAGACUCUGCUAUUGGAAAAUCCAGGCUUUUGGAGAAAUUUAGCAUUUGGAGUCCAGAAAACCUGCACAAGAGCGAUAGUUUUGCAUUUUUGCGCUUCAUUAACGAGACAGGGUCCAGUGCCAGACGGAUCGCUUACCAAAACGUGAUCCAGAACGCAAUCAGCCUUCGAUCAUACACCUCCAAAUCCAACCAGGAAUUUGUUGACAGAUACAAACAGGUUUACGACGUCACUCCAGCACACAGUCGUUUCUACAUCCGCGAGCUACAUUCGCAGUAUGCGUCUGUUGCCGAAAAGGCUUACAAGGACAUGUACUUGAACGUGGCACGGUCUGCUGCCUUUGCCGCGGCCAGUGCUCCUCCUAUCGAGAUUUCGUGCUCGAAACAGAGAUUUAACAACAUCAAGCACGAUGCUCUAUUCGAUCCGGUGAUCCGUCAAGCCAUGAACCCGUUGAGCUUGAACGUUCAAUGGGACCUUAUCCAACGGAAAGUCCCUAUGGAUUUGUGGCCGAAGGCUGAGAUGAACGCGGAGCCACUCAACUCCAAGAACGGGUUCUCGUCGAUCAGACUUCCGUCAAUGAACCGGUUUGUAAUUGAAUCCGGAAAGCUUGCUAAGCUAGACGAGAUGCUUGUGGAUCUCAAGAACAACGGCCACAAGUGUUUGAUCUACUUCCAGAUGACCAAGAUGAUGGAUCUGAUGGAGGAGUUUCUCACAUACCGUCAGUACAAGUACAUUCGUCUGGACGGUUCAUCGAAACUGAGUGACAGAAGAGAUCUUGUCCAUGACUGGCAGACGAAGCCGGAGCUGUUUAUUUUCCUUUUGAGUACUCGUGCCGGCGGAUUGGGAAUCAACCUGACGGCAGCAGACACGGUUAUUUUCUACGACUCUGAUUGGAACCCAACAAUCGAUUCGCAGGCUAUGGACCGGGCCCACAGACUGGGACAGACGCGGCAGGUGACCGUUUAUCGUUUGCUUGUCCGGGGAACGAUCGAGGAGCGGAUGAGAGACCGUGCUAAGCAAAAGGAGCAUGUCCAACAGGUUGUCAUGGAAGGAAAGAGUACGAUUGUUCCAGACAAGAAGGACGUGAACGACAAGAACAAGGAUAAGAAGGAGAUGGCUAUGUGGCUUUUGGAAGAUGGAGAGGACGAAAACAAAAGAUAA